UACCGAACUAUGAUUCGCUACUAUAAAUUUCGCAAUAAUUCAUUGGGAUAACGUCAAUCAGCUUCCACACUUUAAUCUGUAAGCAACACCGCCUAAAAAGCCGCAACAUGUUCAAAUACAUUACAUUCGUCGCUCUUUUCGCCAUCGCCACCGCUGCUCCUGGUUUCAUCGCACAGCCCGUCGUGACCAAAGUAGGUGCCGUUGUACACACCGUUCCAUCUGCCACCUCUCACCAAAGCAUCACUCAAGUGCACAACAAUGCUCAUAUUGUUACACCUGUAGUGAAAGCUGUUGCUCCAGUCGUCCCAGUGGUUCAUGCUGCACCCAUCGUCCCUGUUGUGAAGACUUACUCCGCUCCUGUGGUUCCAGUUGUGAAGACCUACUCAACCCCAGUAGUACACCACGUUCCAGUUGUAAAGUCUGUGGUUGCCCCCUUGGUGCCAGUGGUCCAUGCUGCGCCCGUUGUAAAAUCGGUUGUUACUGCUCCAGUUGCCCACUUUGUCCAUCAUUAAUGAAUCUGUAUAAUACGAGCUAAAUAGUACUGAAUAAAUGUUAAUGAUUGAAAUUAAAAAAAUUCAAUGGCCCUCUUAUGUGGCAAAAUCCCAAUAUCAGCAACUAUUGGGUUAAAUCGUUUCACAACCACGUCUUCUUUCCAUAUAACAAAAUUGUGGAUUCUAUCUUCAAAAUAUAUUAAUCAGACUUCGACGCAAAUAUUUCAAUAAAACGUUGCUUUGUUUGUAGCAUUGGAGGCAUGAAUAUAUGUAUAUACUUAAAAUUUUUCGAAAUCAUAGCAAACAUCUCAACUGAAAAUAUCUUUAAUAUCUUAUAUAUUUUAUAGAAGUUCAGAGAGAUUUUUUAUAAUAAUAUUCAUGUGUGCCAAAUAUGGGCAAAAUCGGGUAAAUACUUCCAUUAGUUCCAUCUACACUAUUAUUAUAAAGAGGAAAGAUUUCUAUGUAUGUUUGUAAUGAAUAAACUCAAAAACUACCGUGUCGAUUUCAAAAACUUUUUCACCAUUGGAAAGCUACAUUCACCCCGAGUAUAUUUGCAGAUUGCCUCUUUAUCGGCCUCCAACUGCAGUGUGGUGCCCAAUCUGGCUAGUUCAUCUGCCACACAGUUCUCAGGUAUGUCACUAUGUCCUGGGACCCAUUGCAGGUGUAUCGUGAAACAUAGGCUAUAUUUAUUGAUAGAAUCUCAACUUUCUGGAAAUAGUUCCCAAGUUAGGGUAUCAAAAAGACUCCGGACACCAAAGGCUAGAGGUC